CUCUGUUAUAGUGAUUGCUCAGCGACCGGAUUUCAUUUUAUCAUUUCAGCUCUUCGCCAUCUUUAUAUCCACUUGCACAUUAAAAGCACCUUCAAGUUUUCAAAUGGUUACAGUUAAUUGUGAAAGUUUGUCCUGUGAAAACAAUCAAAUUUAAUUUAAUUGUUCUUCUAAUUUAUAUGCAUUCAAGUUUACUUUUAAUUCAAUCUGUUAUUUACUCUGAAAUUAUUUAAUCAUUGGUGUUGUAACCUUGACCCUUCAAUUGUAAAUCUUAAUUGUUGUAUUUGAUUCACAUAAUUUAUCCUUUUUUAGCCAACAAUCAACCUUUAAAAAAUAUUACCAAAAGAUUUUCAUUGUUUCUUGAUUGUUAGAAGAUUACUUUUCCUCUCGUUGUUUAAUCAUUUACAAAUUGCAACAUCAUCAAUAUGCUCAAUCAUUUGAUUCAUCACAAUCAAUUUAAUUGUGUUUCCAUAAUCAUCUUACUUCUGGUUCAAUUUACAUUCAAAGUUUCAUCUCAUGGAAGAUUAAUUCGUCCCCCUGGCCGAUCAACUGCUUGGCGAUACGGUUUUCCAACUACAAUUAAUUAUAAUGAUAAUGAACUUUUCUGUGGUGGAUUUACGGUUCAAUGGGAAUUGAAUAACGGUAAAUGUGGUAUCUGUGGUGAUUCAUAUUCUGGUGUAAGAUAUAAUGAACUUCCUGACGGAAAAUAUACCAAACCUUUGAUUAUCACAGGCAAUUACUCUGAAAGUGAAACAAUCACGGCGUCAGUGCAAUUGACCGCGAAUCAUCGGGGUUUCUUUACAUUUCGAUUAUGUCCAGCACCAGGUGAGAGAGUCGAGGUGACGCAGGAAUGUUUGGACGAUCAAAUUCUUGAAGUUCGAAAUUCAGUUGAUGGUCAACGUUACCAAUACACUGUUCCGGAUGAUGCCCAAAGAGUUUAUGAAGUAUCUUUGGCUCUUCCUCAUGGACUGACCUGUUCACGGUGUGUACUUCAAUGGACUUACACUGCAGGAAACAAUUGGGGUCCUUGUGACAAUGGUACUUCAGCUGUCGGGUGUGGUCCUCAGGAGACUUUCAGAGCUUGUGCAGAUAUCAGUAUCAGUUCUGGUUCUAAGCCAAAUGAUAAACUACCAGAUGAUAUCGAUCUACCUGAGACUGAUAACGAUCUAGAUUCAUCCACUCCUAAAGCACAAUCAACAAAAACACCAACUACAAAAGCUUCAGUCACAACGGUCGAUCCUAAAAAUGAGAUUGAAAGAGAGUCGGUAACAGUUGAACCGACAAGGAAGUGGCUCGUUGAUCUCAGACCAGGAACGGGAGCUUCAUGGACACCGUUCCCUUGGGUUUAUUCAACUAAGCCAUCAACCCGCGAAACCGAACCAACCACUCCUCGAUCAACUAGGAAAUUGCCCCCUUCAACCACUACAACCACCACCACAACCACAACCACAACCCCAUCACCUAGUCAAUCAUCAGAAACAUUGAAGUGUGUCUCUUAUGGACGUUAUCGAAAAUUAUCCGGAAUGGAUCAAUGGUGUACCGAUAAUUGUGCCGCUGGUUUCUGUCCUGCUUCACAUUGUAAAUGCAAAUAAUUUAGUAACACAAUCAAGCGACCCACCAAACAAUCCAAUUAUUGGCUAAUCAGUUGAAAUCAUUUCUGAUUGUUUUCAAUUACCAUUGAUAAUAUAUUGGAUCGAUCUCAGUAAUCACUUACAGUUUAGAUUAAUCGUCUUUUUAAUUUCCUCAAAUGAAACAAAACAAAAUUAAAAUUCCUAUGAAACUGUAACCAAAACACCAACGGCCAAAACCACAAUAAAUUGUAUUUAAACUUUCAAUCAAUCAAAA